AUGUUUAUGAUGUUAAGAUGAUCAGUAAUGAGGAGCUGAACAGAGGAGAGCAAGUGGAGAUGGUGUUGUCUAUCUAUGAGAGUGCAGACACUGUUAGAGGCCAUGAGCCCAACACAGAGAUGGAGGACACCAGAACCAAGAGGAUCAUACAAACACAACAUUCAGGACCCAGAGGCUACAGACUGACUGCAGUGUGUCUGGGGCUGCUGUGUGUUCUCCUGCUGACUGCCAUCACAGUGCUGUGGUUCAAGUUCACCACAGAGAGAGACCAGUUACAGACCAGUAACACCAACCUGACUAUAGAGAGAGACCAGUUACAGAAAGAGAGAGAUGGAUUUCAGAAGAACCUUUCUGAACUGGGCUGGAGAUACUUCAGCUCCAGUAUUUACUACAUCUCUACUGAGAAGAAGAGCUGGAGUGAGAGCAGACAGUUCUGCAGAGAGAGAGGAGCAGACCUGCUGAUCAGCAGAGAAGAACAGGACUUUAUUAACAAGUUGAGAAGAGGUCAGACAGCUUGGAUUGGUGUGACUUACAGAGACACAGAGAGAAUCUGGAGAUGGGUGGACGACUCAGUAGUGACCACUAGAUUCCAGUGAGUGGUGCAUGUUCUCCCUGUGUCUACAUGGGUUUCCU